AUGGCCACAUCCGACAGGAGGCAGCUUUGGGCAGAUACAGACCCCAGCUGCCCACACCUGGGCCGCGGGCAGACGCUGGCCACCCGGCACGAGGGGGUUAAGGGCCCGGGCAGCAGCUGGCUGGCGGUCAGGGCGCUGGCUGCGUGGUGCGUUGCGUUCAGAAAGCAGGAGCAGCCGGCCCCAGCAGACGCGCUGCCCGCUGGACUCGCCGCUAUGGCCCUGAGCAGAGGAGGCCUGGCCCCAGUGCUGCUGGUGUGCUGGGUGGUGAUCACCUGUGGUGGCCCGGGAGGCGUGGAGGUCGUGGAACCGGGGGACGCCGAGAGCUCGCGGUGCCCGGCCGUGUGCACCUGCAGCUAUGAUGAGUACACGGAUGAGCUCAGCGUCUUCUGUAGCGCCCGGAACCUCACGCAGCUGCCGGCCGGCAUCCCCGAGGACGCCAGGGCCCUGUGGCUGGACUGUAACAACCUGACCAGCAUCCCGGCGGCCGCCUUCCAGAACCUGUCAAGCUUAGACUUCCUUAACCUGCAGGGCAGCCGGCUGAGCAGCCUGGAGCCGCGUGCGCUCCUGGGCCUGGGCGCGCUCUACCACCUGCACCUGGAGCAGAACCAGCUACGCAGCCUGGCGGCCGGCACCUUCGCACACACGCCGGGCCUGGCCGCCCUCAGCCUGCACCACAACCAGCUGAGCAGGCUGGACGAGGACCUGUUCGUCGGCCUGCCGCACCUCUGGGCCCUCAACCUCGGCUGGAACAGCCUGGCCGUGCUGCCCGACGCCACCUUCCGUGGUCUGGCCGGCCUGCGUGAGCUAGUGCUGGCUGGCAACCGCCUAAGCUACCUGCAGCCGCCGCUCUUCUGCGGCCUGGGUGAGCUGCAGGAGCUGGACGUGAGCCGCAACGCGCUGCGUGGCGUCAAGGCUGGGGUCUUCGUCCAACUGCCCAAGCUGCAGAAGCUGUACGCGCAGCAUAACCUCAUCGCCAGUGUGGCGCCCGGCGCCUUCUUGGGCCUGCGCGCCCUGCGCUGGCUGGACCUGUCGCACAACCGGGUGGGCGGCCUCUUCGCGGAGACCUUCCCGGGCCUGCUAGGUCUGCGUGUGCUGCGUCUCUCGCACAACGCGCUCACGGGCCUGCGGCCGCGCGCCUUCAAGGACCUGCACUUCCUGGAGGAACUGCGGCUCAGCCACAACCGCAUCCGGCAGGUGGCCGAGCGUGCCUUCGAGGGCCUGGGCCGGCUGGAGGUGCUCACGCUGGACCACAACCAGCUGCAGGAGCUGCGGCCUGGCGCCUUCCAGGGGCUCAGCAGCGUGGCCGUCAUGAACCUCUCGGGCAACUGCCUGCAGAAGCUGCCGGAGCAGGUCUUCCGUGACCUGGGCCGCCUGCACAGUCUGCACCUGGAGGGCAGCUGCCUGGGCCGCGUGUGCGCGCUCACCUUCGCGGGCCUGACGGGCCUGCGCCGUCUCUUCCUCCGGGACAACGGCAUCGAGGCCAUUGACGAGCAGAGCCUGCAGGGGCUGCCCGAGCUGCUGGAGCUGGACCUCACUGCCAACCGCCUGGCGCACCUGCCCCGCCAGCUCUUCCGCGGCCUCGGCAAGCUGGAGUACCUGCUGCUGGCCCGCAACCGGCUGGCGGAGCUUGCGCCAGACACACUGCGGCCGCUGCAGCGCAUCUUCUGGCUGGACCUGGCGCACAACCGCCUGGAGGCCCUGGCCGACGGCCUCCUGGCGCCACUGGGGCAGCUCCGCUACCUGGGCCUGGGCAACAACUCGCUGCGCGCCUUCACGCCGCAGCCCCCCGGCCUCGAGCGUCUGUGGCUCGCGGACAACCCCUGGGACUGCGGCUGUGCCCUGCGGGCGCUCCGGGCCUUUGCCCUGCAAAACCCCCGCGCCGUGCCACGUGCCGUGCAGGCCGCCCCUGAGGGUGAUGACCGCCAGGCCCCCGUGUACACCUACAACAACAUCACCUGUGUGGCGCCACCCGCCGUGGCCGGCCUAGAUCUGCGCGACCUCGAUGAAGCCCACUUUGCACAGUGCUGA